GCUUCGGGUUCUUCUCUUGCUUGUGCUUCUCUGCCUGCUCUCCACUCGCACAGUGUCUACGGCAGACCUGUGGGAUCCUGAAAUGGAGGCGUAUACCGAGCUCGUUUACGGAGAUCUCAGCUGCCGAACUGCCGAGGGUAGUCAGCCGGUUCCAGAGCUUCGAUCUGAGUGCUCCGGCGCCGGAAACGAUGCCGGGACGCGCGAGAAGAGGACUGGGGUUGUGGAGAAGCCGGGUCCUGGGCCGUCAAAUCUUGCUGGAUUGAACGGGGCGAGGUAUAAGUCGAUGUCUCCGGCUCGGCUUCCGAUCGUGCGUUCCCCUUGCCUUACAAUUCCUCCCGGAUUUAGUCCCUCCUCACUGCUUGAAUCCCCUGUUCUCAUCACUAACAGGAUGGCUGAGCCUUCUCCAACUACAGGAACCCUCAAUAUGGCCUCUAUAUUGGGUAAAAAUGCUCAUUUAGGCACAUCAAUGCCCCCAAUAGAUAUUUCAAACCUCAGUUCAAGUGAUGAAGGGAUUUCCAGAGCUUUUGAGUUUAAACCCCAUGUCAAAGCAUCUUAUAAUAUCAGCUUAUCUUCAUUGAGACCUUUGAUUUCAAGUCAAUCUCUAGGUCAGUCUGGAUUUCCCUCAAAAAAUGAGUCAGCUCAACUAGUUGGUGCUUCAACUUCUGCUAUUGAAGUGUCCACAUCAGCAGCUUGUCCACCAGUUAAAACAGAUUUUACUGAGACACAACGAGCAAAAUGGUCAGAUCAAGGUGCAUGUAUAUUACAGUCUGAUAUGAAUGAACCUAUAAUUGAAAAAUCUGCAGAAGAUGGUUAUAACUGGCGAAAGUAUGGUCAGAAACAUGUUAAAGGCAGUGAAUAUCCUCGGAGCUACUACAAAUGCACACAUCCUAAUUGCCACAUGAAGAAGCAGAUAGAACGUUCUCAUGAUGGGAAAAUUACUGAAAUAAUACAUAGAGGUCAACAUGAUCAUCCUAAACCUCAGACUAACCGUCGUUCAGCAAUUGGUUCAUUGUCCAACCAAGAAGAAGAAAAUUCGCCUAUUUUUUAUUCUUUAGUGGCUGAUGAAGAUAAGUCAGAAAAUGUGCUUUGCCAGAUAUCUCAACAGGUGGAUCCUAAUGGUGCUAGUGAGAUGUAUCCAGCAUCAAUCAGUGAGCAUGAUGUCAAAAUUGGUGGUGGGCAAUCUAAUAAUUGUGAUGAGGUAGUUGGAGAUGGUGAUCCUGAGUCUAAGCGCAGGAAAAUGGAAAUUGCUAAUGUUGAUUCUGCUUCGAUUGGCAAACUGAACCGUGAGCCACGUGUCGUAGUACAAACCGUUAGUGAAGUUGAUAUCUUAGAUGAUGGAUAUCGUUGGCGGAAAUAUGGUCAGAAAGUAGUUAAGGGAAAUCCUAAUCCAAGGAGUUACUACAAGUGCACAAAUGUAGGUUGCCCUGUCAGGAAACAUGUCGAGAGGGCAUCACAUGAUCCAAAAGCUGUAAUUACAACAUAUGAAGGAAAACACAAUCAUGAUGUACCUGCUGCAAGGCCAAGUAGCCAGGAUGCAUCCAUGCCAUCAGAUACAAAUGAUGACAGUUCUACGAGUACUCCGCCUAGGAACUGCAGUACCAGAACCCCUGUGAUCAGCCUUGAUCUCGGUGUUGGGAUCAUUCCAUGUUUAGGUAACAUCACAAAUGGAGAACAUCAGUUUUUAGAAAUAGAACAGAAGGGUGGGGCAACUCAUGCUACCUCUUUGUUUCAUGACACUUCGCAACCUAGAAUCUAUGAGUCUGGAGAAAAUACUAACAACAGAUUUACAUUUAAGGCAAAUCCUAUAAAUCCAUCAAAUAUGUAUUACACUACUCCAGACAAUUUGGUGAUGGGUCCAUGACAAAUACAUGGAACCAUGUCAGCAAGGUUUAAAGCAAAAAACAAGAGUUACACCCUGGUGAACCAAACUCCAUUGUAAGUUGUUUCUUAUCGGCCAAUGUUAUAGCCUGCAUGUAAUACUAGUUAAUUAUCUUUCAUGGAUCAUCACACUUUCUCUUUCUUCCUGAUCUUGUAAGAAUGUUUGGAUGUAUAACUCUUUCUAAUAAAGGACUUGUAGAACUGAUAAA